AUGCAAAAAGCAGAGAGCGAGAGCCGCUGCGCGCAGGUCGUCGAGGCGUUGACACUGGCUACAAUAGCGUCAUGGGUCACGUACCUUAUUCAUGAGCGGACGACUCACGAAAACGCAAAAAGCGAGUCGCGACUGGAGGAUCAGCGGCUGAUGCAGACGUCGCACGCACUUGUGGUCCUGCUAGUCCUAGGGUUCGCUGCCUUCGCAUUGUCGACUUUUAGGCCACAGGUGUUAUCCAAAGCUUUUGGAACGUCGUGCAGACAAGAACGCGACGCUGGACUUGUCGUGGGCUGUCUACUACUACCUUUGGCUCUGUUUAGCCGCCUGCUGGUGGAAGUCCACCACGAACGAUACUUCUCAAGCUUCACGUAUUUCUACGCGUGGACUAGUAUUUCCAUUGGUGUCAGCAUACUGCUCAAACUUGCAGUUUUUGGCACUGUGACUUCGCUUCGGGUUUCUACGUUCGUAGAUGUGGUGCUGUUGCCGAUACUAUUUGGAGUGUUCAGUCCCAUUGAAGCCGAGUGGAGGUUCCUGCUAGCCACAUGCGGCCGCAUCAUCGUGGCUACUGUGCUGACUGUGGGUCUGAAGCUCCUGCCUCGGUCGUUCACUAUCGGGGAAGGGCUGCUCGUUGCUCAAGGCGUUGGCCUCUGCUUUUACGACCUUGUGCUGACCACGAUGAGUCGCGUGAGCGAAUGUUGUUAUAUCAACCCACUACCGAGAGCUUUUCACUCGUGGCUCAUUUUCGACCUUGAGCGGCUAGACCAUGUGCUGGCGUUGCAAGUUGGAGUGCUAGGAUCGCUGCUAGUGUGCGCAGCUUUGAUUCCGCUGUUGCAAUCGUACGGAUCGCCGUCGCCCACUGUCGUCGCACGGCCGUUGCCUGUGAAAGGAUCUGUGGCAUUCGUACUCACAACUGCAGUGGUAGCAGGCGGUGUGGUGUAUCCGUGGAGCGGUUUCUUGCUGCAGACGUGGAAUCCGGUUGCAUGGCUACUUGACUUCCUCACUGAGUCUAGCAGCCUGUUGGUAUUCGUACCACGACGAAUCGCAUUGAUGGGGUACUGGGCAGUUUGUCUCGUCGUUUUCGUCCCGUUGUUCGCGUUCAUCUCGGACCAUUACGCUUUGCAAAAGAUUGUCGCACGGAAGCUAUUCCACCUCUUGGUGGUACUGAUGCUAGGCCCUGCAUCGCUCCUCGAUGUGAGUAUGCUGUCGUUAAGUUACGGUGUGGCUCUUGGCAUCUUCUUUCUCCUGGAAUGUGUGCGCGCACUGGCCGUGCCGCCCUUCGGCCAGCCACUCGCCUUGUUUCUACGGACGUUCAUUGAUCAUCGCGAAGCUGGACGUGUCAUCAUGACGCACUCGUAUCUACUGCUCGGAUGUGCAUUGCCGCUGUGGCUUGCUCCGUCGUCAAAUACGCCUUCCGCACUCGUGGUGAAUGCUGGGGUACUUGUACUAGGCAUCGGAGAUGCGAUGGGGGCCGUGGUCGGUUCGAGUAUUGGUAAGCGUAAAUUCUUCGGCAGCAAGACCAUAGAGGGGUCUGGGGCCAUGUUCGUGUCGACGAUGCUUGCUUCGAUGCCGCUUCACGAUUACUAUCUACGCUCUUUGGUUCACGGGGAGCACCUUCAGUUGAUGCUGCUGACUGGAGCAAUUCUCUUGGUCAGCGUUCUAGAAGCCGCAACAGCACAGAUCGACAACUUGGUGCUCCCGCUCUUUGUAUACACAGCGUGCAAUCUGGUGAGUUGUCACCGGUUGUAA